AUGGAUGACAUUAUUACUCCCCUCCCCACAUUCUAUAUUCCCCCCACAUUCUCCUCCCCCAUCCCCCAACAUUUAUUUCCCCCACAUCCUUCUCCCACAUCCCCCAACAUUUUUUAUUUCCUCCCACAUUCUCCUCCCCAUCCCCAACAUUCUUUAUUUCCCCACAUCCUUCUCCCACAUCCCCCAACAUUUUUUAUUUCCCCACAUUCUCCUCCCCAUCCCCCAACAUUCUUUAUUUCCUCCACACCCUUCUCCCACAUCCCCCAACAUUUUUUAUUUCCUCCCAAUUCUCCUCCCCCCAUCCCCAACAUUCUUUAUUUCCUCCCACACCCUUCUCCCACAUCCCCAACAUUUUUUAUUUCCUCCCACAUUCUCCUCCCCAUCCCCCAACAUUCUUUAUUUUCCCCACAUCCUUCUCCCACAUCCCCCAACAUUUUUUAUUUCCCCACAUUCUCCUCCCCAUCCCCCCAACAUUCUUUAUUUCCCCACCUUCUCCCCACAUCCCCAACAUUUUUAUUUCCCCAACAUUCUUUAUUUCCCCCACACCCUUCUCCCACAUCCCCAAUAUUUUUAUUUCCUCCCAUUCUCCUCCCCAUCCCCCCCAACAUUCUUUAUUUCCCCCCACAUCCUUCUCCCACAUCCCCCAACAUUUUUUAUUUCCCCCAUUCUCCCCCCAUCCCACAACAUUCUUUAUUUCCCCACAUCCUUCUCCCACAUCCCCCAACAUUUUUUAUUUCCCCACAUUCUCCUCCCCCAUCCCCCAACAUUCUUUAUUUCCCCCCACCCUUCUCCCACAUCCCCAACAUUUUUUAUUUCCUCCCACAUCUCCUCCCCCAUCCCCAACAUUUUUAUUUCCCCAUUUUUCACAUUCCACAUUUAUUAAUUUUCCCCAUUCUCCUCCCCAUCCCCAACAUUCUUUAUUUCCCCACAUCCUUCUCCCACAUCCCACAUCCCUCUCCCACAUCCCCAACAUUUAUUAAUUUUCCCCACAUUCUCCUCCCCAUCCCCCACAUUUUUAUUUCCCCACAUCCUUCUCCCACAUCCCCCAACAUUCUUUAUUUCCCCCUUCAUUCUCCUUCCACAUUCUUUAUUUUCCCCAUAUGCUUUCUUUCUCUCACAUUCGUUCUUUCCCCACAAAAUUUUUCCGUCCUCCCUCCAUUUUCGUUUCUUUAUUUACUUUUUGUAUCCUUUUCUUCAUCAUUUUUUUUUCUUUUCUCUUCCCUUCUUUUCUUUUGGUUUUCAUUCGAUUCCCUUUCUUCCUCUUUUAUUUCUACGGUGGUUUGGUUGUCACUUUAA